AUGGGGUUGUUCGCCUCGAAGCUGCUUGAAUGGUUCUCUCCUACCCAGGAACACAAGGUGGUCAUGAUCGGGCUCGACAACGCGGGGAAGACGACGAUUCUGUACCGACUGCACCUCGGCACGGUCGUCGCGGCCUACCCGACGAUAGGCAGCAACGUCGAGCAGGUCAAGGUCGGCGGCCUGACGCUGCAAGUGUGGGACCUGGGCGGACAAACAUCGCUGCGGGAAAGCUGGCUGCACUACUUCAAGGACACGCACGCGGUCGUGGCGGUCGUCGACUGCGCGGACCGGGCGCGCAUCCCGACGGCGCGGGAGGAGAUCUGGCGGGUGCUGCAGUCGGAGGAGGGCGCGGGGGUGGCGGUGCUGGUGCUGGCGAACAAGCAGGACCUGCCGGAUGCGGUGUCGAGCGGGGACCUGGGGCGCGAGCUGCGGCUGGACGAGCUGCGCGAGCGGCACUGGCACAUCCAGUCGUGCUGCGCGCUGACGGGCGAGGGGCUGCGCGAGGGCAUGGGCUGGCUGUCCGGGCGGAUACGAGCCGGGGACGGCGUGUGA